UUUUGAUAUGUCAGUAACCACAACCACUUCGACACCUGCGACGUUACGAUCUGCGAAAGUCAUCGAAGAACUCACUGAAAGGUUGACGUCUGUUUUGCAGGAGUUGGAAAUAGCCAAAACCCAGGUAAAUUUGUAACACACUCAUCGCUGUUUCCUCGCACUGAUUCCCAUUCUUGAAAUCAGCUGGAAACUACCACGCAAGCCAGACUCAGUAACGAGAAGAGUGCAAAGGAAUUCAUGAACUCAAAUACCCAGCUUCGUAGCGACAUACAAAUAUUGAUGCAGACCUUAGAAUCAAAACAGCAAAUACUAGACGCAACGCGGGCAGCUACGGCACACAAGGAACUUCAAGUCAAAACGUUACGUGACGAAGCACUACUUUCACGGAAACAACUUGAGGAGCUAGCAUCCAAGGAAAAAGAAUUGCUUGAAGGAAGAGAUAGUGCCAUUGAACAUACCCAGCGAUCGGAGCGCGAACAUCUGACAAUUCGAGAUGCAUUCGGUAGCAUACAACUCAAAUACGAGAAAGACAUACAACAAUUACAGCAUGAUUUAGAUGAUUUACAAAUACAGUUUAAGCAUAUUAGUGCUAAAAGCGAACAGUCUAUGAACAUAUUACAAAAGCAGAUGCAGAGCAUAAUGGAUUCCAGGGACACAGAUCUCUCAGAAGUCUCUCGAUUAGGAAGCUGCCUAGUCGAAAAGAAUCAGGCGUUCGCUCACAAAACAGCGGCUCAGGUUGACGAACUACGCCAAGAAAUAUCAUCAUAUAUGAACCAGUCAGAAAAUAUAGCGGGCAAUGUGGUAGGAUGCCGAGACGAGGUCAAUGGUCUAAUCACACGCAUGCGUAAUUUUGCUGCUAACGACCAAAGUAACUAGAGUGAAGAUGAAAUGUACUGAGACUGAUUACUCGUGAAUGAACUUCAGGAGAAAUUAGAGCAAUGUACACUACAUUUUAAUUUAUUCAAAACAACGUGAAAUUUACAUCGGUUAUAAGACACGGUCUGCCGAAGAGACAUAGCAGCUGCUUGCUAUAACGAUACUUUGUAGUCAUCGUGAAAUCGGCAGCAAAUAGCCAAAUCGGUAAAUGCUAGAGGAUGGAUAGUGACAGGUAAUAAUUUAGCGGUACAAUAAUUGGAUGAUUAUGAAGCUAGAGGGGAACGAUAUGGAUUUAUGAGUAAAGGC